AAUCAUGGGACUAGACGGAAGGUCGAAAAAACAGGAAGGCCAUGUUGGAUUUUCAGUAAACUGUUUGUGUGACCCAGGCGUCAGAAAUGCAUCCCCAACGCAGUGCUCGGGAAGUCGUGCUGUGUGACCUCUGUGAAACUGUCCCCCUACGGGGUCAUUGUGAAGUUUGUAAUAUAAAUAUAUGAAAGGCCUGUGUUGGGAAAUACCUCUCCGCUUCCUCUAAAAAACAAUAGUAUGUCCUAUUUGCCGAGAAAGUCUACUCCCAGCUACUCGGAAUGUUCGAAACACGCCAAUGAACAUUGUAAACAUCACUGUGAUAAAUGUGACAUUCCUGUCUGUAUUACCUGCGUCGCCUCCGGUAAACACAAAGGUCACAAGUUAUCAGAAAUUCUGGAGAAACACAUCUACGAAAUCCAAAGUUUACAAAAGGAUUUAGAUGAACUCGAGACAAGAAUUUAUCCGCGAUAUGAAGAAUUGGCGUCCGAUGUUCAAACUGAAAAAGCUGAAAUAGAAAAAAAUUACGGGAAAUUGACAACAGCUGCCGAAGAGGAAGGUGAAAUCGUACACCGGGAGAUCACCGCCAUUGUCAACCAGCGAAAAUCUGACAUUCAGGAGAUGAAAAACAAAUACCUAUGUACCCUGAAUAAAAAUGCGGAAGAAAUAACACAGAAAAUGGCGGAGCUCAAUCAGAUCAUGUCCGACUUGAAAUCAAUCCUAAAAUCAAACGACGUCUCCUUGACAUCUUCUUACAAAUCUAGGAAUUCCGAAUUUAGAACAUUACCGUCUAAAGUUCGGGUUACAUUGCCAAUUUUCACUCCUCGGAAAAUUAACACAGACCAGAUCUGGCAAAUGUUUGGUUCUCUGUCGCCAUUAGCCAUUAACACUGAACAUGGCGACACAAUGAAGUCAGCAGAAACUGUAUCGUCUCCUCCAGUCAAACCACUGCUUGAUGAGCCGCGCGUCACCGCCGCCAUAGACACUGGGUAUGAACAUCUAUACAGUGUUAGCUGCAUGCGUGAAGAUCAAAUCUGGACAUGCGGGAAUAACGAUAUCACGAAGCUCCUCAACCUCCAGAGUAAACUACUGACAUCAAUACAAACAAAGUCAGGGAGACAGCCAGAGGACAUAGCCGUGACACGGGACGGAUAUCUUGUUUAUUCUGACCCUAAUAAAAGAACUUUAAACCUAGUUAAGAAUAAAAAGAUACAGAACGUGAUCACACUACAGGGGUGGAGACCUCGCUAUGUCUGCUGUACCGCGUGUAACGAUCUCCUGGUUACCAUGAACAGUGAUAAUUACAAACAAUCCAAAGUUGUCCGUUACUCUGGCUCCACAGAGAUACAAAACAUUCAGUUUGAUGAUCAGCGGCGUGCUCUCUAUUCAUCUGGUCCUUGCAGUAAGCACAUCAGUGAGAACAGGAACCUGGAUAUAUGUGUGGCUGACAAUGAAGCUAGUGCAGUAGUGGUGGUCAAUCAGUCAGGGAAACUUCGAUUUCGAUACACUGGUCAUCCCCCUAAUACCAAGCAACAGUUUAAUCCACGCGGCAUCACUACAGACAACCAGAGUCACAUCCUAACAGCAGACAAUAACUGUAUCCAUAUCCUAGAUCAGGACGGACAGUUCCUCUGUUACAUUCACUGCGAUUUACGCGAACCAUGGGAUUUAUGUGUGGAUAUCAGAGACAACCUCUUUGUGGCUGAGUGGUCCACUGGUAAAGUGAAGAAAAUUCAAUAUCUAUAAGUACAGUGUUAAUUACACAUCUCUACACAGUAUUAAUUACAUCUAUCAAAACGGUGUUAAUUACACAUCUCUUCAGUGCUAUUUACAUCAGUGUGUUAAUCACAACUGCUUGUUAACAACGGUUCCUUGUUAGUUACAUAUCCUUGUUAAUUGCAGUAUUGUGUACAUUACAGCCAUGUGUUGAUUACAGUUCAUUGUUAAUUACAACUUUGUGUUUGUGAUGUGUAAUGUACUUAUGUUUGUGGGUUUAACUGAUAGAGAAUUAGUCUCUCACUGCUGUUUACUAAUUAUAUCUUACAAUAUCUGUAUCAUCGUGUUUAGAGCAAAAAUAUUAAUUUUCAUAUACUAAUUACUAAUUUGACUGUGUUACUAGUAAUCUAUCUGUACACAAUCUUUUUUGGACUAAUUUUACUGUGUUACUAGUUAUCUAUCUGUAUACAAUCUUUUGUGGACUAAUUUGACUGUGUUACUAGUUAUCUAUCUGUAUACAAUCUUUUGUGGACUAAUUUGACUGUGUUGCUAGUUGUCUAUCUAUAUAUAAUAUACAACCUUUUGUGGACUACUUUUACUCUUACUAGUUAUCUAUUUAUAUACAACCUUUUGUGGACCUAUUUGACUGUGUUACUAAUUAUAUAUAUAUAGACAAUCUUUUUGGACUAGUUUGACUGUGUUACUAGUUAUCUAUAUUCAAUCUGUUGUGGACUAAUUUGACUGUGUUACUACUUAUAUAUAUAUAUAAUAUUUUGUGGACUAAUUUGACUGUGUUACUAGUUGUCUUUAUGCAAUCUUUUGUGGACUAAUUUGACUGUGUUACUAUUCUUAUUUUGUUUGUUUAUUUUGUGUUUCAAUAUGCAUGCAAUUUUUCAAUAUGUGUA